AUGCUGGCGAUGAUGAACCGGCUCACGGACCAGGAGAAUUGGCACGCGGAGGUCUUCGACGAAGCGGCGGUGGCGCGGUGGCGCGCGGAAGGGGGUCCCGCCGCCAUCACGACAAAUCCCCCGCUGAGCGACCGGGCGAGGGCGUGGUGCGUGCAGGAGCUGCGCGACAAGGCGUUUGCGUUCCGGCGCACGGGGCAUGUGCGCGUGCUGGACGCCGGGUCCGCGGUCUGCAAGGCCGAUGGGCCCUUGCUCGCGGGGCUGGCGGAGGAGGUGCGCGGUGCCGUCGCUCCCAUGCUCGUGGAGUGGAUGCACCGCGGACAGCUCGACUGGCGGUCGCCGCACAUCCUGAGUCUUGUCGAUCCGGCGCUGUUCCCGUUGGUGUAUGGGCGGAGUCUGGUGUUCGCUGAUGAGGAACGCGGGGGUCGAGUCUCUGUGGAGGGUGUGAGGAGCGGGGCGUAUAAGUAUGCAGGUACGACUAUCGCGCCGGUACAGGUUGAGAAGCGAACUGAUGCGGACGAGUUGCAGAGAGAGAUCGACUUCCAUCUGGGCCUCGGUUAUUCGACGAGAAGUAUGAGGCCUCAAUACCACAGAAAUGCGCCCUUUUAUCGCUGGAGCCCGUACUAUCAGGCGCUGCCGUGUGAGGUGGCGUUUGUCGAUGGGGAUGGGGAUGGGGAUGAUGAUAAUGUUGACGCGAAGGUGCGCAUCACUUCCCCUAUCAACAACCUCCACCCCGCGCACCGAGAGCUCUACCGCGCGAUUGAGACGCUGGUGGGCCGGGCGAUUCCCCUGUGGAACGAUUGUCUGGUACUGGGCCAGCACGGCUGGGAUGAUGAGUGUGUUCAGGACCAGCCCGGGCCGGUGCCGCUGCGGAUCAUCACGUAUGGGGUGGAAUGGAAGAACGAGCUCCCCGAAUUGCCGCCCCCAUCCUCCGAGCUCUGGCUACAGGCAAAGAGAUACCUCGAGCUGCCAGAAAGAGACGAGCAUGGAUCAGUCACGCCUCAUCCAAGUGUUUCUCGAGUGCCUCGCCCAAGCGAUUCUUGA